AUCGCUUGUUGAGGGCCGCGGCCACUUCGCUCUGAGAUAAGCAGCGCGCAAUACAAGCAGCACAACUAUGGCAACACCACAGGGAAAGACGGAAGAUCAUAAUACUAAGCAGUCUUGGCGCACUAGUGUUAAUGAUAAAGGCGAAUAUAUACGUAAAGCCUCUUCAUUUCGGAACUGGAUAUCAGCUGAUGGAUCAACAGGCUUUCCUGCGGAGUCAGGACGUUACCACCUAUAUGUGUCCUUGGCCUGCCCCUGGGCCCACCGCACUCUCAUUGUUAGGGUACUAAAAGGUCUUGAGGAUGUCAUUUCCGUGACUGUUGUUGACUGGUUCCUUAGUGAAGGCGGAUGGUCAUUUACAGACAAAAAACCCAAGUGUGGUCUGGACACUGUGAAUAACUGCACAUACUUGAAGGAAAUUUAUAAAAAGGCAGAUCCUGAAUACAAUGGCAAUAUCACAGUGCCUUGUCUGUGGGACAAAAUAAAGAAGACAAUAGUCAACAAUGAGUCCAGUGAAAUCAUUCGCAUGCUGACUUCUGAGUUCAAUGCAUUCUGCAAGACUGAAGAACAGAAGAAACUGGACCUAUACCCAGAAAAUCUGAGGCAGCAGAUUGAUGUUGUCAAUGAUUGGGUUUAUCCUCAAAUCAACAAUGGAGUUUACAGGUGUGGAUUUGCACAGUCUCAAGAGGCUUACAAUGCUGCUGUUAAAGAUGUUUUUGAAGGUCUUGAUAAGGCAGAAUCCAUUUUAACCAAACAGCGAUACCUCAUUGGUAAACGGUUUACUGAAGCUGAUGUGCGCUUAUUCACAACGCUUGUUAGGUUUGAUACUGUCUACCACACACACUUCAAGACUAACAAAAAACGUAUCACAGAUUAUCCAAACCUGUGGGCCUAUGUCCGAGAGCUGUUUCAGAUGCCUGGUGUGGCAGCGACUGUUGACCAGGAGCACAUCAUGAAACACUAUUAUGAGAGCCACAAAUCCCUUAACCCUUUGGGUAUUGUGCCUGUUGGUCCUGACUUGGAUUUCAUGUCACCACAUGGUCGAGAAUCUCUGUAAAUCCAUCAGUGUAUUCUAUUAUUUUUUUAAAAGACCAUACAUUUAAAAUCUUUUUUGCAGGGAGGUUACAUAAUUUUUGACAUGGAUAAUAAAGAUUUAAUAAUAAAUGCAUUAUUUAUAGUAUAGCAUAUACUCAUGCUCAUAAGGAGUUUGCUUUUAGCACUUAAGACAAGAAUGAGACAUGGACAACAUAUGAAGGAACAGAAGUAUGAAUAACAGUUCGGAUGACUAAUAAGACAAAAAUAUAAAACGCACAGAGGAACCAGGUAACAAAAACUAAGAAUGUCAUGAUUCAGCAUAUUUAAAAAGAUAAUUCUAAGGAAAAUUUCAUUUCUUUUUUUUUUUUUAUGAGUGUGAUUUGAAUUUUGAGGACUAGUUUUGUGCAGUCAUUGUCCCAUCAUAUAGAAUCAAACUUUGUUAAGCUAUUCAUAUAUGUGGAAACUGCACAUUUUGUGAUUUUUCUGGUGGCCUGCUAUAUAAGGUUUUGCAUUUAUAUUCAGCAUUUACAUAUUUUUUUUUUGCAACCAUGUAUCACAGGAUUUGCUAAAUGAUGGCUAUGCUUUAUUUUAAGUGAAUUUUCUUAAAUACAAUGGAACAGCUGUUUGUCAUGUCUAAUAAUAUACUUACCAAUUUUUUUGAAAAUCAGAUUUCUUUAAAAUAUCUCAUUUUGUGGCUUAACAUAAAUUUUACAGGAAAAAGAAAGUAUGUUUUAGUCUACGCAGUUUUUCUCAUGGUAAUUCUGCUUGAGAAAACAGAUGGGAAAGUUUCAUAUUAUAAAUUUUAUUUGUAGACACAGAUAUACAUGCAUAUUUCUCUUUCCAGAGGCAUGCACCCUUUAAAUGUCUUUCUCCUCAGAAUGAUGAGUUACAAUGUAUGUUAACUUCAUUAUAAUUUUGCUGUAAUGGCUAUGGGUACUUAUUUUAUAUAUUUUUUCUGAUUGCAUAUUUAAUCUUUUAAAAUGUGUAUGCUGUACGCUUUCUUUUAAAUUUGAUUGGGAAUUGUAUAUGAGCUUUCUUGUGUAAAGGAGCUUAUAAUGUGUGCAUGUAAAAUAUAUUAACAUAUUUUUAGAGUUACUGCGGUUUUUAUGCAGUUAUACUUUUCAUUAUCAGGAACUAAAAAAUGUUCAAACCACAA